AGGGAGACAACUGGAGGUAACAGUCAUAACAGCCAGCUUCGUUCCAUGUUACCUCAUUGACGCUGUCCAAGUGUUUAUUUUUUUUUUAUUUCCCCCCCGUUUUUAUUUUUUAUUUCCGUCUGUCUUUCAUUUAAUCUAUCUGUUAGCAUCCUGUCUACUAAUAGUCUUUAAUGCCUUCUCCUAAUUAAAGAACUAUGGCGUCUUAUUCUCCGUUUGAACCGUGGCGCUGGCAGCGCAAACGAGAGCUGGGACUGAAACACGCACUUGGCGAUCUGUCACAGAUGUACUGUGGCCUUUAUUCCAGUUUCGAAGCCGUACAGACGUGGGAACCAGAUAAGACCUCCGAGCACACGCACCACGGAGGUAUCUUCAACUUCGAUUUCUCUCCAGAAGGAUCAAUUCUUGUUGCUGCCUGUGAACGUCAGAGUAUUUUGCUGUUUGACCCGUUUAAUGCAAAAUUAAUUGGACACAAGAGCCGGGCUCACACUGACUGUGUCAACUGUGUAAGAUUUUUAGACUCGCGAGUGUUUGCUACCUGUUCGGACGACACCACUGUGUCGUUGUGGGACGUUCGGUAUCUGAGGCAUGAAAUACGCACACUUCGUGGCCAUUCGAAUUGGGUGAAGAACAUAGAGUAUGAUGCUGAUCAUUGCCUGUUACUUACAUCUGGUUUUGAUGGCAGUAUAUACACCUGGGACAUAAACAGUUAUUCUGUAAAUGAACCAAAUUUCAAACGAGUAUUCCACACCAGUGGAUUGAUGCGUUCCAAGUUAACGCCAGACUCUUCAAAAAUUGUCAUUUCAACAACAGAAGGCUAUCUGAUUGUCAUCCACAAUCUCGAUUUAUCGUAUCUGGAACAGGAUUUACGGGGAUUCAAACCAAAGUUUUACCGCUUCAUGCAGUUGGAGCAGAUCCCUCGUCGCAACAGCACACUCUACAACCAUGUCUUUGAACGGCAUCGGAACCGUGUUGAGUUCAUCAGUGACUUUCCCGGCCGCGAUGAAGCGUGUGUGAUUGCAUCCCUUCAGAUCCACCCCCAAGGCUGGUGUUGCUUAUCUCGAAGUACAAGCAGUGAUGAAAACUCAGAAUGGACAUGUCUGCAUGACAUUCAGGAAAUGAAGAUGGACACUUCUGUAGAUGAACAAGAUUUUGAAGACUUUGAUGAGGAAAUGUUGGACUACAGCCCGCAGCCAUCUACAUCCAGUGGACCAGUGCUUGGUCGACCUAUUGGUUCCAUGUCUCCCAUCCCCACACGUUCACCAUCCCCGACCUCAAAUUCACGCUCGUCCAGUCCCUCCUGGCUUAUCUAUGUGCGUGUGCAAUCACCGACCCCUGAAAAUUCAGCUUCUGACGAUGACGACAAUAAUCACCACGAACGUGAUGAUUACGAUGAUGAUGAUGAUGAUAAUGAGGGUAGUGGUCGUGGGGGUGAUGAUGGCUCAGAUUCUGACUUUCUGCCGAGAGGUCGUGUGAACCCAAGUCGACCUACUCGCAACCGGAUUCUAUAUUAUCGAACUCCCCGUGUCGACCUCAGCCCUUCCUCGUUCUCCACAUCACACCAACGGGGCCAGAGUAUCCCAGGCAAUGAUCCCGUUAGAGGAUCAAAUGCAUCAUCAUCCCAAACUGAUAAUAGUAGCAGGAAUGUGACCAAUGUAACAACACAGAAUCGUUCUUCAACAUUCGGUGAAUCAAUGCAACCAACUUCAGCACCAAACCGUUUUUCGCCUGCGCAGCAGCAAGGAAUGCGCCGAAGUGCAAAUACAAGUAAUUCCAACCAACACGAAACAGUAAACAGUUCCUCUCUAUCUUCUUCCUCCUCUUUGUUAAGGCACCGUUCCUCAAGAGGGGAAGUGAGCUCCAUGGAAACUGGCCGUCCUGAGGCGAGCACCAGUGGGGGCUCGUCCCGCAUGCCUGCCGAUUACACCUUAAUAUUUCGUGCUGGACAACAGCACCAUCAGCAACAGAAGCGGAUGCUAGCUGUUUGCUCGGGUGUUAAGUCAUAUCCUUCGCAUCUUUAUCGCAUUCACAAAAACCAGCCACGUCUGCUCUAUUACAGCGAGGAACCGAAUGUGGGUCGGGGCUUCAUUAAAGAGCUCUGUUUCAGUUCCGAUGGCCGACUCAUUUGCUCACCAUUUGGCUUUGGGACACGCCUGCUCGCAUUCAACCCACAAUGCCUCGAGCUACCUGAUUGCGUGCCACAGCGACCACUGAAGAUGUGUGAGGUGGCAUGCAACAUGGCACACACCAAUGUUGUGGUGACGGCCAAGUUUGCACCAAAUCACUGCAUGUAUGUGGCAGGGUGCCUCAAUGGACGAGUCACGUUUCACCAACCUGUCUUAUGAGUCUCUCUCUCUCUCUCUUUCUUUCUCUCUCUCACUCACCUCACUUACUCUGUCCCUCCACUUUCACAAAUAUGGACAGUGAAACAGACUUUCUAUAGAUAGACAGAAGCAACUUGUCGCCUCUAUCGGCCUACCCCACCCCUCUCUUCUGCACACUUGCACAAACACACAUAUAACACAUGCACAUUGCAGCACAAAAGUGCAGUUGCGGACAAGUACUCACACACACACAUAAACACAACAGUGAGUAAACCGCACACAAUCCAAGAGGUGUUGGUCAUGGUGGGGAGGGAGAAACAAAGUAAGGAAACUAAACAUUAGGUUAAUUUCCUUUAUUUAAAGAAAAUUAUUUUAACUUAUUAUUGUCGUUGUUUUUAUUCUUCUUCUAAUUAUUCUUGUCCUCAUUUCACAUGCUGUCUAGGUUGACUCUGCCUUUUAUACCACAGGGAUCAAUAAAAUCCUGUACCAGUUAUAUACUAGGCUCUUUAGUCGACUGUAUCUUUCCUCCCUUUUCUAUUUGGCCUUGUAUCUAUGUACACUGUUAUCAUCAUCAUCACCGUCAUCAUCAGUAGAAUCAUUAGAGCUGUGGGAAAAUUCCAAGUUCAAAUUGUGCUGAGGUCAACUUUGCCUUUUAUCCAUCUGAGAUUGAUAGAGUGAAGGACCAGUUGAGUAGAGGGGUCAAUGAUAUCAACUGACCCCACUUGCCAUCAGUAUUACUGGCCUUGUACCAAGAUGAGGCGCAAUCAUUUUUAAGUGUAGUGAAUUGGUGGAUUUGUUACAGGGCCAGA